UGCCUCGAUCAUAAAGCUUCCACUUGCUGCCUCAUCGUUGAAGUUGGUUUUAGUGACAAGGAGAUAUAUAUGUGUGUACGAUAAACGAUGCUACUUGUAAUGGUGAUUCUUAUUGACGGGCUUUUUAAUAAGGUGACGGGAGCAACGGAACUACGUCAGAAAAAUCUAUGCUCUCUGGGAGAAAUGGAUGGAUUUUCGUUCUUUUCAGAAAACUUGACAUAUAUAAUGUUAAACAGAACCUACGAUGUCCCCGGAGGGCUGAAUACCUCUAUGUGUGUAAUGGCUCCUUUUCCACCGGUGAAAGAUGACGACCUACACAAAAUGAGAAAGACUUUUACUUACCGAAAUCUCAGCACCACGCACAAACUUGAGUUCGAAGACCCAAAGAAGGAUAUUUUUUUAUGGCCUGUCGCCAAGUUUGAUAUGCAGUUUUAUAAUGCUUCUGCUUCGUUCGAUUUGCAAAAAAGUUUGGACACAGAUGAGCGCUUCAACUACGUGAAUUCGACUUUUGCAUACAAGGCAUUUGGAUAUCACCUCGAGCCCCCCGAUUGGAUAUUUUGGUACUGUGACCAAAAUUGUUCCGUUGUAAAAGUCAUGUGUGGGACCUCCAGUGAAGCUGAUCCAACUCACAAGGAAAACACCGAGCGCAAGCCACACUGUGAAUUGUGGAUUAGAGUACCACUGGGUGCAACUUCGCAUGACAUUGAGCUUUCAAAAAACUGGAUGAGCUGCACUGAGUUUCUCAAAAGCAAAUGCAACGACGAGCACAUUUACCCAGUGUACAGCAGUGAAAUGUGCAGCUGAACAAGGAAACAUGCGCAAUA